GUUGCUGGAUUCUGCACAGCGGAGAUCGUACUGGCUUGUUAUGGAAAUCUCUGGAAGUUUCCAUACGGUUUAUAUUCACACUGUCUCGGGCGUGUCGCAGAUUUGAAACCGGGCAUUGAACGAGGACUCAGGCUCUUCCGACAGUUGUGCAUUUAAACGACUGACUGGCUGCCGGUUGGGCGGGCAUAAUGGGGAAAGACUACUACGACAUUUUGGGAAUUAAAAAAGACGCCUCUGAGGACGACAUCAAGAAAGCUUAUCGUAAGCAAGCUCUGCGUUACCACCCAGACAAGAACAAGUCGCCGGGAGCCGAGGAGAAAUUUAAGGAAAUCGCCGAAGCUUACGAUGUUCUGAGCGACCCAAAGAAAAAGGACAUUUACGACCGCUUUGGGGAAGAGGGUCUGAAAGGAGGCGGUCCCUCAGGUGGUGGUGGCGGUGGUCCAGGCAACUUCAGCUACACCUUUCAGGGUGACCCACACGUCAUCUUUUCAGAGUUUUUCGGAGGACGAAAUCCUUUUGAGCAAUUCUUUGGCGGCCGCAAUGGCGGCAUGGAUGAGGAUAUGGACACUGAUGAUGCGUUUGCCCGCUUUGGAAUGGGUGGCGGCGGCUUCCCCCGCUCCUUCAGCUCUGGUUUGGGAGGGUUUGGCGGUCACAGUAGUGUUGUGAAGAAACAACAAGACCCCCCUUUGGUGCAUGAGCUGCGGGUGACCUUGGAAGAAGUGCUGUCUGGUUGCACAAAGAAAAUGAAGAUUUCUCGCAAAAGGGUGAAUCCUGACGGGCGAACGCUGAGAAGAGAGGAGAAAAUCCUGGAGGUGCAGAUCAAGAAGGGUUGGAAGGAAGGCACGAAAAUCACAUUUCCCAAGGAGGGUGAUGAAACCCCAACAAACAUUCCAGCUGAUGUGGUCUUUGUGUUGAAGGACAAACCGCAUGCUUUGUUCAAGCGGGACAACUCUGACAUUGUUUACACAGCCAGGAUUUCACUCAGAGAUGCCUUAUGUGGCUGCACAGUCAACGCACCAACACUGGAAGGCCGAGUCGUCACAGUGACAUCAACGGAUGUGGUGCAGCCCGGGAUGAAGAGACGCAUCAGCGGUGAGGGGCUACCGUAUCCCAAGCGCCCUGAUCGUCGAGGUGACCUGAUUGUGGAAUAUGAGGUCAAGUUCCCCGAGAGGCUCAGUCAAAGCGCCAGGGACACAAUCGCCCAGGUUUUACCUCGGUCGUAAACACGCCAAAGUGGACUCAAGCCCCACAGCCCCACACACUGACCCACCCUGCCCUUCCUUAAGCUGCCAAUUCAGUUGUAUUUUUUGUAUAGCACCACAUGGCAGAUAAUGUUGUGCACUGUUGUCACACCAUAGAUAUGGGACAUAAUACCUAGUGACCCAUAUUGUAAAUGCCUCAUUGGAAAAUGUAAGAUAUUAUAGGCUAGAUUGUAAAAAAAAAAAAGCCUAUCUUUUGAAUGUUACGUUUUAUGAAUGAGAUUCUAUUUUGCUGAAAUAUUUGUGUAUAAGGGGACUGGAGCUACGGAAUUGUGUUAACCGCAAUAAAAAGUGAGAGGAUUUGAUUGCUUA